AUGGCCCGUUUCACUUCUUUCAUCGUUGGCUUCCUCUUGUUCUUCUGCAAUGCUUGGAUGACCUUGGCUGCUCCCGUCGAAAUCGAGGGUAGACAGCUGCUCGGUGGUCUUGGUGGUAUCGGCUGCAACCUCGCUCGAAUACAAACCGUCACCGGCCUCCGAAGGACCAUCCGAGAGGUCGACCAGCUGGCGCAAGCUGCUGGAGCCGACACGGCCACGGCCAAUGCAGCUGCCAACGCCCGAACCGCGUUGGACACUGCUCAAGGCGGUAUCAACCAGAUUGCAGUUGCACUCUUCUCUGGCAAUCCACCUCCUCAGGCGGGCCGUGAUAUCACUGAGCAAGGAUUCAACGACGCAAAGGCAGCGUUGAAUAGCAUCACUUCGACGGAUCCUGCGAUCACAGCUGCCGUUGCAGAAGCCCAGGCUGAUCUUGAUAGAACGAUCAGUGCUGGCCAGCGAGUCGUUGCCAGAUGCUAGUUGGGAGAGGAGACGACGACGGUUCACGAAACGCGACUGACGAGGUGGAGACGAUAAGGACAAUGGAUUGACGGACAAUGGCUGCAUAAAUGGCACUCGAACGGACUUGAAUGAAUGGAGCAGAGGACAUUGUUGUAGGCAUCCGGUUGAAUUAAUUGUGGAUAAGAUUGUUAAAUAAAUAUUGCAAGAUGGUCUACCUGGGAAGAGGCGGACGGU